AUGGCUUUCCCCAACACUUAUGGGCUCAUCUUUGCAUGUAUCUGUGGCAUUAUCCUGGUCAUCGGACUCUGUGCCAACCUACUGGUUUUCUCUCUAUUUGCCAAAAACAACUCAUUGCGUAAAAACCGACUGGACAUCCUGCUCCUGAGCAUGACGCUGGCAGACUUCCUCACUUUGCUGCUCAUCCCUUUCACCGUGCACUCAGCUAUGAGUUACUCGUGGCCUCUGGGUGACACCUCCUGUAAAGUGUACCAGUUCCUUCUGGCUUUCAGCCUGGCAGCCAGCACAUAUUCACUGUGCGCAGUGUCAAUGACACGUGCCAUGAUCAUCACCAACCCCUACCAGCCGCCCACAAUGGACCUGGUCAUCUUUAUGUUUGUUCUUGUAUGGGCUUUAAGUUUCUUCAUUAGUCUACCGCUGCGGAUGUUUGCUACCAAAAAAAACUUGAGCCCGAGUCUGGCCAACUUUACAUUCUGCCUUCCAACUAUUCAUGAGCAUCACUACCAAGUGGUGCUCAGCCAGAACACCCGGCGUGCUUCUCUCAUGGUGUUCCUGGCUGCUGCUACCUUUUCUAUGUGCUGGCUGCCUGGUUAUGUGCUGGAGCUGUGUGUUUACCUGGGACAGUAUCACCAUGGACAGGCCUGGGAGAUCUUCUACUUCAUCUGCACAGUGCUCCAGUAUCUCCACCCCUGCAUCAACCCUGUGGUCUAUGUGCUCCUCUCCAAGCGCUAUCGCCACCAGAGGGUGACAUGUUUCUUCAACUGCAACAGAAACAGAGUUCAGCCUCAAGUCGUCAGUAUCACAGACAGCCUUUAG